AUGGUAAGUGGUAGACAAUUUACCAUUGAGGGGGAACCAAUGAAAGAUGCAACUCUAUUCAGACAAGCCAUGGGAGCACUGCAGUACUUAACCAACACAAGACCUGACAUAGCCUUCUCUGUCAACAAAUUGAGUCAGUACAUGAGUUCUCCUACAAUGGAAUAUUGGCAAGGUAUAAAAAGAAUAUUCAGAUAUAUUCAAGGCACCAUUGAUCACUGUCUACAUAUUAAACCAUCAACUAAUCUAGACAUCACAGGGUUUUCAGAUGCAAAUUGGGCAACAAGCAUAGAUGAUAGAAAAUCAAUUGCAGGGCACUGUGUUUUUCUUGGUGAAACUCUAGUAUCUUGGUCUUCAAGGAAGCAAAAGGUAGUGUCAAGAUCAUCAACUGAGUCAGAAUAUAGAGCAUUGGCAGACUUGGCAACUGAAAUUACGUGGACAUGCUCACUAAUGCAAGAGUUAAAAUUUCCCUAA